UCCCUUCCCAGACUCUCAGUCUCUAAAUAACUUGUGUCAGAAAGCAACAGUGCAAGAAACAGAGAAAGAAACAAAGAAUUUGCAGAGAGAGAAAGGGGGAUUUCGUAGAGAGAGAAACAGAGAGAGGGUGGCGACUGCAAACGCAGGAGAAGGAGAGACACGCAGUAGUCUUCUCCAAGAGUUGCUUUUGUCACUAUUUGCAAGAGUAUUUGGCAAAAAUCAAGAACUAAUCGAAGAAGAAGAAUCUGAAGAAAUGGCGUCAAAAGCUGUUGUUCCUCAUCAGCAGCUAAGAGGAGAAGUGAAGCAGAGGAAUGUUGUAGUAGCAGAUAGAAGGAAUAGAAGAGUGCUUCAAGACAUUGGCAAUUUGGUCAAUGAUGGUGCUCUGCAAGGCAAGAAACCAGGAAGAGGUCCUAUGGCAAAAAAAGCAGCUAAAAAAGAGGUAGUUGAGAAUCAUAUACCUGAGACAGUGAUUGUGAUAAGCUCUGAUGAUGAAAGUGAGAACAAUAAACAUGCUGGCGGCGGAAGAUUAGUAGUAUCAAAAGAAGAGCCUUCAAGGAAGAAUGUCAAAACCCUCACAGCAAUCCUGACUGCUAGGAGCAAGGCUGCUUGUGGACUUACCAAAAAGCCAGAAGAUUCACUUUUGAACAUAGAUGCUGCUGAUUUGGAGAAUGAGUUAGCCGCGGUUGAAUAUGUUGAUGACAUCUAUAAGUUCUACAAGCUCACAGAAGCUGAUGGUAGAGUGCAUGACUAUAUGCAUGUACAGCCAGACAUCAAUGCAAGGAUGAGAUCAAUUCUUGUGGAUUGGUUAAUUGAAGUUCAUCGCAAAUUUGAACUCAUGCCAGAAACUCUUUAUCUGACAAUAAAUAUAAUUGAUCGAUUUCUAGCGGUGAAGGUUGUGUCUAGGAGAGAACUGCAAUUAGUUGGUAUAGGUGCAAUGCUCAUUGCUUGCAAGUACGAAGAGAUAUGGGCACCAGAGGUUAAUGACUUCAUUUGCAUAUCAGAUAAUGCUUAUAUCAGAGAACAGGUUCUAGCAAUGGAGAAAGCUAUCUUGGGAAAGUUGGAAUGGUAUCUAACUGUUCCUACACCAUAUGUCUUCCUUGUUAGAUAUAUCAAAGCCUCAAUCAUCCCAUCAGAUAAGGAGAUGGAGAAUAUGGUGUUUUUCUUGGCUGAACUUGGUCUUAUGCAGUAUCCAGUGGUUAUCAUGUACUGCCCCUCAUUGAUCGCUGCAUCAGCUGUGUAUGCCGCUCGUUGUACUCUUGAUAAGAGCCCAUUUUGGACUGAAACUUUAAAGCAUCACACAGGAUAUACUGAAGAUAUGAUAAUGGAUUGCGCCAAGCUUCUGGUUAAAUUUCAUUCUGCAGUUGCUGAAAGCAAGCUUAAAGCUGUGCAUAAGAAGUUUUCAAGUGCAGAACGUGGAGCUGUUGCCCUUUCUAGCCCAGCCAAAAACCUCUUGGCAAAUGCAUCCUGAAGAAUUUAGAAGAACUUUUUAUGGCCUAAUUUUCCCAUAUGCCAGUGGGUGUAACCUUAGAAACUUUCAUGGCCAUGUGAUUGUGUUCGAAGGAGAAAGAUCAUGCUUCUGUUAUGAUCUGUAGUUAUUCUUGUUAAUCCUUUUACUCCUUUUGGUAGAGGAGUUGUGAAGCUGUGUGAGAAAUGCUAUCGUUUGCUUUGAAGUUGAUUUUCCCAUAUAUAUAGUUAACCCGUUGAUCAUUUUUACCUCAA